CGCCUGGAGGCGGAGCCGCCCGCGGAGCUAAAGGGGCGAAGGCAGGCCGGAGGGGUCCCCGCGCCGCCGCCAUGGAGCAGUCCCGCGCCGCCGCCCGCCUGCAGAUCGUGCUGGGCCACCUCGGCCGCCCCUCGGCCCGGGCCAUCGUAGGUCAUCCCACUUCAGGGACUAUUUCCUCUGCCAGUUUCCAUCCUCAACAAUUCCAGUAUAGUCUGGAUAAUAAUGUUCUCACCCUGGAACAGAGAAAAUUCUAUGAAGAAAAUGGGUAUCUUGUAAUUAAAAAUCUGGUAUCUGAUGCUGAUAUUCAACGCUUUCGGAAUGAGUUUGAAAAAAUCUGCAGAAAGGAGGUAAAACCAUUAGGAUUAACAGUAAUGAGAGACGUGGCCAUUUUGAAAUCCGAAUAUCCUCAUGGUGAGAAGAUGAUCGCGAAGGUCCAGGAUUUCCAGGACGAUCAGGAGCUCUUCAGAUACUGCACUCUCCCCGAGAUUCUGAAGUAUGUGGAGUGCUUCACUGGACCUAAUAUUAUGGCCAUGCACACGAUGUUGAUCAACAAACCUCCAGACGCUGGUAAGAAGACGUCCCGCCAUCCCCUGCACCAGGACCUGCACUAUUUCCCCUUCAGGCCCAGCAAUCUCAUCGUUUGCGCCUGGACGGCGAUGGAGCCCAUCGACCGGAACAACGGCUGUCUGGUUGUGCUCCCAGGCACCCACAGGGGCUCCCUGAAGCCCCACGAUUACCCUAAGUGGGAGGGGGGAGUUAACAAAAUGUUCCACGGGAUCCAGGACUAUGAGGAAAAUACUGCCCGGGUGCACCUGGUGAUGGAGAAGGGAGACACCGUUUUCUUCCAUCCUUUGCUCAUCCAUGGAUCUGGUCGGAACAAAACGCAGGGGUUCCGGAAGGCAAUUUCCUGCCAUUUCGCCAGUGCUGAUUGCCAUUACAUCAAUGUGAAGGGCACCAGUCAAGAAAACAUUGAGAAGGAAAUUGCAGGAUUAGCAAAUAAACUCUAUGGACUUGAUAAUACCGUGGACUUGAAGGAUAUUUGGAUGUUUCGAGCCCGACUCGUGAAAGGAGAAAGAACCAAUCUUUGAAAUAGCCCUCUGCUAUAAUUCUUUUAAUGGAAAACCAAAACCAAGCAAAGUGUCUAAGGAAAAUGUUUUCUUAAUGAGUUAAUGUAACCUUUUCAAUCACUUGUUAAAAUCAGAAAACAUGUGUCAGGUACUAAGUGCAUAGAGUUAGUUUUGCUCUACAAUGGUGUUGCUUUAAUGGAAAUAAAAACAGCAAAAGUGAAAACACACACACACACACAAAGCACAGUAAAAGUGAAAUACCUCUGUUUUAGGGAAAAUUAAUUUAGGGUUGCAUCCAUUAAAGGUGAUUGGUGUAUAA